AGGUGGAGGUCCUGUCCCCGGAUCUGGACAUGGCGAGCUGACUCUGCGCACCUGGCUUUAAACCCUCCUCCAACCUGGCAGACGGCGGUGACAGCAGCGGCGGCAAAAGUGGAGGCUGAGGCCGUGACACCUCGUGGGCUCGAGUCCAUGCCCGGCCGGAUGAACAGAAAGGCCGGGAGUGGGGAUUCAGGGGGUGCCCCAAGAGCUCAGAGGCGACCGACGGCGGCGGUUCCAGGGCGGAACAGGAAGGGACCCUCUUGCCCGCGUCCCGCCCGCGCGCCCGCCGGGACCACCGCCGCCGUCGCCCGGCUCCGAGGGACCCGCCGGACCUGCCCCUUCCGCUGCGGCUCACUCUGCCUUGCCCGGCGCCGCUUCUGGAUCGCCGGCUUCAUUCCUAUCAGACUGGGCUCCUCUCCACUCACUUUCCCAUCCUGUUCCAGGCUGGCGACUUCGCUGCUGAGCUGAAACUGCUAAUUUCUGUGACCAGCUUUUUUCUUAGCUGUGAUCUGGAUGAAUGAGUAGCUGUCUCACAGAGAUGACAAAAAUAAACUCUAAUCCCCCCCAAAAUUUCCACUACAUCUUUCUCAUGCAUAGAUUUAUGAUCUUCAAGCGCUCUGUGCAAUAUGCAAACUUUUUUGUGUCUGUGUAUAUGCUGUUGUUUGCAGCUUCCACAACAUCGGUAUGCUGGGUUUUCCCUCCCACCCCCCAACCCCCUCAUACUCUCAAAUGCAGAAGCUGUCUGAUCUCCAAGUAUGCUAGGAGCCACUUUAGCCUGUCUUGGUAUCUAGGGUGUGGGACUGACUUGGAAGAUAACAGUCCCUGUCCAGGAGGGCUGAGGACAUGCCAGGGGUGGGGGAAACACAGUUGGUGAAACAGAGGACAGUUCCCUGCUUUUUUUCCUCUCUGUACUAUUCAAGCUUUAUGGUUUUGUUGGAAAACAUAUUUUUUUUCUCUUAUUAUUUUGGUCUGGUUAAACAACCUCUUUUGAAGUUCUCUUGUCAGUCUUUGACACAUAAGAGUACAGAAAGCAUGUUUUUAUUAAAACAUUAUCAUAUUGUCAGAUUGUGUUUCAAUUAAGAGUCUUUGGUUUGCAGGAGCUAGGAUUAACUGUUAGGGGACCCAGCUGCAAUUUCACAAAUGUAACCUUUCAACUUGGGGAGUUCACUUGAUAAAUAAGGGCCCUUCCAUAGGGCUCACACUGUUGACCCUGCUUAGCAUUCAGAAUGGACUUCAACCUGAUUCUAAGACCUUAAAGAAAGACAUGUGCCUUUCUAGGACCAGAAAGGCAUGUGCAUUUUGGUAGAGGACAUGUUCUUCAGACUUAUGAUGUAUGGUACCCUCAUUGAGGCUGUCAAUGGAAGUUGGAGGUAUUCAAGAACCCCCCCCCCCACACACAUCCUACACUGGGGGGUGGGGAGGGACAGAAACAGAAAAAUAUGCCCUUGAAUAAAAUGAUUAUAAAACAAUGCUAGACAUGAAUUAAAUUGAGUUUUGUUUGUCAAUAAAUAUAGAAUAUGAUUCACU